GGUAUCUCCUUCGCUCAAAGUGGAGGAAUUCGUGUACUGCUGGAUCUCGUUCGAAACAGACGAAAAGAAGAGCAUUUCCCCCCCGCCCCGCGUCCCGGCUCUUCAACGGCCUCUUACGUCAUCAACUCGCGCUGAAGCGAUGCCGAUGCGAACCCAGAUGCUGCCGGAAAAUGAAGCCGUCUGAAUUAACCGGGAUUCUGGCAGCGGCUGCGCCUGCACUAUGAGGCCUAUGGCUCAAGAAUAUAGUUUCAGAGAGCUGGGAAGGAAGAAAGUAUAAUAGUUAGUUUGUGGAUGCACUAAAAUGUUUCCCCGCGGGGCCGCGGUCUCCGGUUUCGGUUUUCCUCAGAUGGAAAAGGUUGGAGUGGCUUUACCUGGAGAUUAUUUUUAUCCCGCCGAGUUUUAAUCUCUAUCCCCGGACAAGGAUCUAAACUUUUCAUCGUACCUCUUAAACCUGCUAGAUUUUCUCUGGCAGAUCUGCGUCAGAAAGUAAUUUAAGAAAAGUGAUAAUAAGAAAGUCAGGAAAUUUAAAUUGGUCUCGGAGUCAGGUGUCGGUUAAAUAGCAAUUUGUUCUCCAAGCCUAUCUUUUCCGAAGGCUAAAUAUUAUAUCGUGCGAAAUUAAAAGAUGCGUUUUGUGGAGCAUUUUCUGAAGACUAACCUAAAAAAGCUAAGCAGAGUUGGCUUAGUACUUGCAUGAACACCAUUGAUUUAUCCCAAAACUAUCGCCUAAACUGGGAACAAGAAAAACAUCCUGAAACACAUCUAUUUCCCUAUUGCUUGGAAAAUCGAAUGGCAUUGAGCUCCACGUGAAAGAAACGAAGGUUGGGACACAGGGAGCUGCAAGGCAAUAGAAGUAGUAGUACGUAUAAAACAGUAAUCUGCAUUCCGAAAAAGCAAGAAAAUAGUUAAAUUUCUUGUGCCUAGGUUCUUUUAGUCUCUGGAUUAUAAUCCAAUGUAUUUAUAGUUUUGCUUUUUCUAUAGGAUAAUGAAUAGCAAGAACUCUUUUGUAUUUUACUAAAUCGGAGAAUGGUGAUGGUUGUGUAAAAACCAUAAAGAAGAUAGUAUUAUUGAAAUAAAUCUGUUAUGCCUAUACAGGUGAUGGUUUGCAAGAAAAGAAAAUAAUUGCAUGAAGGUCCUCUCUUUACCUCUACUUUGAAUUAUUCCUAGUAUUGGCAUUUAAGAUGAGUAACAGUUCUUCCUCAAGAUUGGAAGAUAGAGUUCUGCAAACUCUGACAAAAGUUUUUGGAUUUAACUCUUUCAAGACUUCAUUGCAAGGAAGUGCAACUAUGACUGUGGUGAAAGGGGAAAAGGAUGUGUUUAUAUGUAUGCCAACAGGAGCAGGGAAAUCCCUGUGUUUUCAGCUUCCAGCAGUUUUGGCAACAGGCAUCACCAUAGUGAUUUCACCAUUAAUUUCGCUUAUUCAGGAUCAAGUAGAUCAUUUGCUCUCUCUCAAAGUCAGAGUGAGCUCUUUUAAUUCCAAGAUGUCCGCUCAGGAGAGAAAAGCCAUCCUUGCUGACUUGACAAGCGACCAUCCUAAGAUAAAGCUGCUGUACAUCACUCCAGAGAUGGCAGCUUCUGCUUCUUUUCGGCCCUCCUUGGAGCGUCUAAUGUCUCAAAAGCUUAUCUCUUACCUGGUGGUUGAUGAAGCUCACUGUGUUUCCCAGUGGGGGCAUGACUUCCGCCCAGACUACCUGCAUCUUGGCUCCUUGCGUUGUCGCAUGCCCAAUAUACCCUGCCUGGCCCUGACAGCCACAGCUACGAAGCAAGUUCAGGAAGAUAUUAUAGCCCUGCUCAAGCUAAAGCAGCCUGUGGCUACUUUCAGGACACCUUGCUUCAGGCCCAAUCUAUUCUAUGAUGUGCAGUAUAAAGACCUUAUAGCAGAUCCCUAUGAAAAUCUGAAGGAUUUCUGUCUGAAGUCUCUUGGACGGCAGAAUGAAUUAGGGGGGUAUCCUGGCUGUGGAAUUAUCUACUGCAGGAUGAGAGACGCUUGUGAGCAAGUGUCUAUUCAACUAAGCAAUAGGGGAGUAAAAGCCAAGGCAUAUCAUGCAGGGCUGAAGCUGAUAGAGCGAACCUCAAUUCAAAAUGAAUGGAUGGAGGAAAAAUUUCCAGUUAUUGUUGCUACUAUCAGUUUUGGAAUGGGAGUCGACAAACCCAAUGUCAGAUUUGUUGCACACUGGAAUAUUUCAAAAUCGAUGGCUGCAUAUUACCAAGAAUCAGGAAGGGCAGGGAGAGAUGGGAAUCCAUCAAGCUGUCGCCUUUAUUACUCUCAAACUGAUAGAGAACAAAUCUGCUUUCUCAUCAGGAAAGAAAUUACUACGCUUCAGGAGAAACGAGGUUCCUUGAAGGAGUCUGAUAAAGCUGUGAUGAAAGCCUUUGAGGCCAUGGUCGCCUUCUCUGAAAAUCUUGUUUGUCGUCAUGCUGCCAUAGCCAACUACUUUGGAGAUGAUGUUCCCCAAUGUAACAGAAGCUGUGAUUAUUGUAAGAAUCCAGCAGCAGUGAAGAAGCAAGUAGAAGCAUUACAGCAUAGUACCAAAAGUUGGAGUAGAACCUAUAUUGGACCUUCUGCUUCAUCUUGGAAUGCCUGUGACCCUGAGCUGUAUGGAGGAGGAAAGCGAGGCUGUGGUGGCUUUGAAAGAUAUGAUGAAGAUACCAGGAAUGUGGGCGAAGUUAACGAGGACAGCCAGAAAAAGGCAUGGAACAUUUUCUAUAACAAACAGAUGAAGUUGCGCAGGAGCAGAGAAUCUGAAAACGAUAACUUUGUUCCUCCAGAUAGUGAUUGUCCCUUGAAGGAUGCAGCCAAUAGGAAAAUUGCUAGAAUUACAGUAAAGGCUCGAGAACACUGCCUUUGGAUGCUGGAGGAAGCAUUGGUCACCAACCGGCAAGCGGCACCCAUGACAGAUAGUUCAGGUCUUCUAGCAUGUGCUGUAGAGAUGGAAUAUGAAGCUUUCCGGAUCAAUAAGAUGGCAAACCUAUACAAGGCAUCAGUUCUAAAGAAGGUUACAGAAAUCAACAAAGCUUCCAAAAACGGGGAAUUGUAUGCUAUAUCGGACUUGGGAAUCAGUGACAACCCCAAGAUGAAAGGUGAACCAACUGCUAAACAUGAUGAUGUAUUCUGUCAAGCAUCCAAAGUGAAUACUUUCAAACCCAAGAGAAUGGGGAUUGGAUUUCGAAGGAUGUCUGACAUGUUCCAGUCUGCUUCAGAGGUUCUGUCGGCCAAGGAAGGAGAUGAGGUUAAUGUUGUAAAAGAGGAAAUUGGUUCAGACUGGAAGGAGGACGGUGGCUGUGGUCCCAAGCCUUUGGAUAUGGGUGACAAUCUUGAGGAUAAGGAGGAAGCAACCAACAAAAUAUGCAAAAACGGUGGUGAAUCCCCUGAAAAAAAUACUGAAAAUGAUACUGCUGAGGCUGUCACCUCCUUGGCAGUUAGUCUUGAAAAGAGAAAAACUACUAAGAAGCAGUUGCUGCUGGCAGAAGCAGCCAGGAAAGAAUCUCAGAACAUCUCGAAAUUUUUCUCCAUCCCCAAAGCAGGAUGUGAAGCCAAGGCUUCAGAAAUUGAUUUGGCAGAAGAGAAAAUCAACUGUCUCAAUGAACUGCCUCAGUUUACCUCCCGAAGAGCGUGUGAAGAGAAAGCUGAACCUAAGGAAACGGCAACUGUCUUUAAAGAAGAACUAACGAGUUCACCCCCCAAAAAAGAGCAGGAAUCCCAAAAUAUAGAAAAUCUGUCUUUGAGCAGUCAAAGAUUAGGGAGAGAGUCCUCAUGCUCAGGAUCAAGUCUUGAAAAACCAACGGCUGAAUCUGAAGAAGAUAUGACCAAUGAUUGUGAAAAUCUUAAUGGAAAAAGACCAGGAUCAGCUGAGGACUUGGAAAGCCCUGCUGAAAAAAGGCUACGGAUGAUGAACAAGUCCUCCAUUUUGUCACAGUCAGAAGGGAAAGCUGUUGGGCUGGCAAAAAAGAAAGUCACUUUUGAUCCAAAUUUAUCACAGGUUGAUAAAGAAGGGACCACAAGAGUCAUCCAGCCACCUUCAAAAACAUUGUCGCUUAAGGAAACAGCAGAUAUUGUUGUAAAAUAUUUGACUCCUUUCUACAAAAGUGGGAGAUUUGCAUCUAAGGAUUUGUUCAAGGGAUUUGCCCGACACCUCUCUCAUUUGUUGGCUGCAGACAAAAGCAGUUUCCGCAAAACAGUGAAAGAAGAAGCGCAGAGGCUGAUCAAGUCGUUUUUCAAAAGACGGGACAAGUGUGAAAAUGAAACAGACUGGCAAGAGCUGACCCCUUUGGAAACGUGACUCACAAAAGGCCCGGCUUCGCUUUGCUGGUUGUGACAGAAGACUGUCCCUCCAAGUUUUGCUGUAACUACUAUGCUUUGUAACCGUGCAAUGGGGAAGUGGAGGGAGAGGGCAGCUGAGGGAGAGAGAGGUGUCGGGGUUAAGGAUUUUAUCUGCACAGCAGAUUUUCUCUUUCUGGAAAAAAAUAAUAAUAAGUCAUGUCGUUGUCAGGUUUUGAGUGCAGCCCACUUUCCUUCUUCUAGCAAGUAUGAGUGAACUGAAUUUUAUUAUUUGGCUAGGCAUAUGAUUGUGACUGGAGAGUCUCCAGUCUUUUAAUACAGAUUUCACUGGCAGCUGCCUUAAAUAGAAGAUAAGGCAUUUGCUUCAGUCAGGGUUUGUUUGCUGUGAGAGUAAGGUGUUGGAGAGUACUCUGGGGAAGAUCAGCUAAUUUAUAAUUGGGAGGAAACCCAGAAGGGUUAUUUUGGCCAAAGCUUUUUAGAUUUCUGUUCUUUUAUGGUGUUGACAUGUUUCUUUUAUUCCAAAAGUGUUCCCUUGCACCAGAAUAAUUUAAAAAAAAAAUUCAAGUUCAUAAACUGUAACAAAAUGUGCUGAGUUGACUGGGCAGCAUAUUGACAGUACUGUAUUUUCCCUGAGUUGGUAAUAUAAUAACAAAUGCAGCAAAUUAAGGGCAUAGCAACCAGUACUAAUUAAACACAGGCAGCGCUUUGUUUUUUUAAGAGCUGUUUAGGGAGGAAUGUGGGUAACAAACUUUUUUAAUCCUUAAGCUUUCCUACAUUAUUUUUGUUCCCAGUUGCUGCUCCAGUAACCCUGCUCUCCUAUGAAGUUCUAAAUGCGCAAUUAAGGAAUUCUGUCUUCCUUCUGCAUCCUGUCAGUAUUUGCUAUGCGUAUUUCAGGGACCUCCUUUCAGCUGCCCUGUUAGGUAUCAGUGUACAGUUUUCUUCAUCUCUCACCAGUAUGACCAGGGUCUUUGCUGGCUGAGAUGGAAGUUAUAUCUUUAAACUGGGUUUGGGAAGAGAGUUCUGAAAGGUUAUUUUUAAGGAGAGAAUUAAUAUUGUAUCUUGUUUCUGUUAUUAGUUGGCAGGUCUUUCUUUAUCCAAGAGAGACCAAUCACACCUAUUAUGGUUGGAAGUGUCUAGUUAGAAGCAAGUUUUUCUUUUCAUAAAACCUCAGGAAUAAAGGUCCAUACACCCCCUUCCCAAAGAUUUUGUUUGUCGAUAUUAAUCGAAUGGAAGUGCCUGAUAUAUUUAAGGAAAAUGGCCGUUGCAGUAUCAGUGCACAUUGCUCUAAAUUUAUGCAGUAGUAAUAUUUUACAUUGCAUUUUUAUUUUUGCAUAUGGAGUAAAUUUUGGACCCUUACAGAAGAUCAUUAUUCACAAACAUUUUCAGUGGAUUCUUGCAAAGCUGUUACGCAGAUUAUUUAUAGGGUGAGGAGCUGUAACAUUUUUGGAGACCCUUGGAUUUGCCACACUAUAAAACAUGGAUUUGUUCUAUUAAAAAUAGUUUUAGGUAAAUAAUGUAAAAUUAGCACUUUAAAAUAUGAAAAAUGUGAGAAAUUUAUCAACUACUGUAGUAGUCUCCAAUUCCCACCUUGAAGUUGAGGUGCUUCAAAUAGUUUUGUUUUUUUUAGGCAGGGAAAAAAAAUGUUUACAGUCUGCUCACAUUCCCUAUCAUAAGUAGAGAAAUAAAUGUGCAUUUGAAAGAAAUAAACUAAUUCUUUUCGUAUGUCACAUACUUUAAAGCCAUACUACUGGACUGUGCCUCCCAUCUAGACCUAACUAGUAACUCAGUAUUAUGGCAAAGUGACCUACAGCUUAUAAGGAAAAUGCUGCUUUAAUAAUAUUUAAGAGGAACUGGAUAUAUUUGGGGAAUCUUGGUUAAAAUAGUAGUUUUUAUCAUUGUGGUUUUUUGACCUGUGCCUUAGAUCUGUCCCUAGAGAAGCCACUGAUCUUUCUAAUGUUGAGAGCUGAUAGACAAAGGCAGAAUUGUGGAAGAGAUCUUCAAAUUAGCUUCUGGUGAAGAAAUAGGCUUUGUAACUUUAAAGGUACAUGGCAAGCUGCUAAUAAAGUUAAUGUUAAAGAUGUUA